AUGUCGGGGGACAGCAGUAAACUGGGCUUCCGGAACAGGAUCCGGAUGAACAACUCCCGCUCGGCGCAGGUGAUCCGGAACAAGGCAUCGCCCCAGGCGCCCGGCCUGGCCGUGAGGCACUCGCCCAACCAGGAGAACGUCCCUGAGGCGGCCAGCCCCGGGAAGGUGCAGAAAAGCUGGAGCUUCAAUGACCGCACUCGCGUUCGGACCUCGCUGCGGCUCAAAGCCAGGCCUCCCGUUGACGUGGAGGGUCUGGGAGAGGACAGCGUGGACGACAGAGGCUACUGCGACAUUGCCAUGGACAAGGUCAUUCCCGCCGUCAAGACGCUCAUACGAGCCGUCAGGAUUUUGAAGUUCCUGGUGGCCAAGAGGAAGUUCAAGGAGACGCUGCGUCCGUACGACGUGAAGGACGUCAUCGAGCAGUACUCGGCGGGACACCUGGACAUGCUGGGCCGUAUCAAGAGCCUGCAGAUGCGGGUGGACCAGAUCAUCGGGCGAGGCGCCGUCCAGGCCGAUAAGAAGGCACGACCAGAAAAGGGCGAGAAGACGCCGCCGGAACUGGAGUCUCUGGAUGAGCUGAGCAUGAUGGGACGUGUGGUCAAAGUGGAGAAACAGAUUCAGUCCAUCGAGAAGUCUUUUUUUAUUUUCAAUGCCUUUACAAUCAUACAUUCUAUGCACAUACACUGGUCUAAACAUGGUAUUCAGAUGAAUUUUACCUUUGUGGAAUAUGAAUUAUGUAGAAAAUCUCACUUGUUUUUAUCCAAAUCAGGGGGCUAACAUUUUGUACUUGCUAUUGACCGAACAGUACAUCACAGUUUCUGUGAGGACAAAAUUUCUGGUUCUGUCACAGUCCACCGGAAGCAGAAAUUGCUUUCACAUCGCGCAGCUGUAACUUGGGCCGAUCACAAGUGCUGCUUAACUUGUUAAACUAAAUGAAGAGAUGCCUCCGUGCAAUAC